UUACUCCCUAUGUCGUGUCUGCAAAUGCAAACUAUAGUCGCUCAUUAGCGAACAAUGUUGUGGAACUUCUGUCGCGCAUUUCGAGUUGCACCCCAACUUUUAUCACUUCCAGCGAUAAGUGGCCCCUGCUGUGAUUACUGAUUAAAAGAAAUUAAAACUAUUUCAUCUCCUUACGAGAAGCGUAAAGUAAACUUUGACUUACAAUGAUGUUAAUGUUGUAGUGGACGAAAAGCUUAAUACGUUUGAUAACUGAUACUAUUUAAUUUAGUUCGAAAAUAAGUUCUGUGAAGGUUAAGUGGAUUAAAAAAGUAUAAGACUUUUGUCGCAGUCUCGGUUUCAUUACAUUUACGUGAAAAUCAUGAAAUACAGUUUAUUUUUGUGACAAUGAAGCGUAGCCGUCAUCGUAGACAAGUACUCGAUGUUAAUGGCGAGUCUGAUUCUCCACAUAGACGUAGGCUACAAGAACGUUAUACACAUAAUGGUUCGCCCAGCAAUUCGUUAACGGGUUUUGUUGGACAGUACAAUUCAACUGGCGAAAGUGAAAACGAUAAACCUACAGAUCAACUGAACGACCAAGUUAACGAUUUUCUUAAGGAAAUACAACAAAUAACUCCUAACGAAUCUAAUACAGAAGCUUCAAAAAAAACCAUGGCUCAUCCUGGAUCGUAUUGGCAAGAAUGUGUAGAUGAACAAACAGGAUAUCCAUAUUACUGGCAUACAGAAACUAAUCAAGUCACAUGGGAAAUACCCAUUGAACUGAAAAUGUUUAAAGAAAACAGUCAAGGAGGUAAUAUAACUCCUUCGACUCCCCACAUUCCUCAAUGGUCCAAAAUGAGUAAAUUUUCAGAUUCUCAAAACAAUAUUCCCGAUGGUAUGAUUCCAAAAGAAGUGGUUGCAAGAAAUCGCAAUCGUCAAGCUGGUAUUAUCAACAAACCAGAAAAACCUUUACACAAAUCGGAUAGUACUAAGACCCGUAAAAGAAACGAGAGUUCAGAUGACGAAAAAAUUGAGAUGAUUACUUCGUUUGGUAAUGAAGAUAGUGAAUCUGAAGAAGAGGAUGACAAACAGGAAAUCUCUAAUAAACCUAUUAUUCCUGCUCCACAAAGUAUUUUAAAAAAGCCAAAUCGAGCUCCUAAAUUAGUAAAGUCAAUAGAAUCUACAACAGUAGAAGGUCCAAUGUUACCUCCUGUACACUAUGGUCCUCAAAAUCAAGAAAAAUUAAGCGAAAAAUUAAUACAAAAAACUCAAAAAAAUAAUGAUACCUCAGAUGAUGAUGAAGUUGAUAUUUUACAAAAAUUAAAAAGCCAUGCUAAAUUAAUGCAAUCACGGGAAAACCAGCAUUCAUUAACUCGUGAAAAAUUUCAAAAUUCCAGUAAAAAUAUAAGACCUUCUCUUGUUGGUUAUGAAGAUGAUUCAGAACCAGAAGAAGACUUGCCUAAAAAACCAAAUAAACCUCUGUUUCCUAUCGCUGAAAAAAAUGUAGAAACUAGUGAGAAGCCAGCCAAACAAUUAGAAACUGGCUCUUUAAAAAUUUAUGACUACAGAAAUAAAGACAAUAGCAUUACUGAUAAAAGUGACGGUAAACUAAAUGAUGCCCUUGAAAAUGAAAAAUCAGAUGAGCACAGAGAAGAAUCAGACAGUAAAACAAAUAAAUUUUUGGAAAGCAUUGAUAUGCCCAGUAAAGGUUUUAAGAGAAAACGUCGCAUUGCUUUUGAUGUUGCGCCAGUUAAAGUCAAAACACCGGAGCCUGUUCAAACCGAAUCGAGUAAUAGCGAUGAACAAACUGAGCAAUGUAACCUUAUAGAAGAAAGUAAUAACGAUGAAAUAAAUGAGACUUCAAAAAAACCUGACAAAGAAGCUUUGAAAAAAAGUCUGACGAUAAAUUUUGUUAAAAGUUCUUCUCCAUCAUCAUCAUCAUCAAGUACAGAAGAAAAUAUUAAUCCGACAGCUGGUAGUAGUGCGGUGUCUACUAAUGAAAAAUCUGUUGAAUCUACUCCUGAAACUGACGCAGAUGCUACUGCUGUCACAGCUACUGAAACCAAUAGUGUUAUAGCUAAAACGACCACUACUUCUACUGCUGCAAGAACAGAAGAGGAAAAAUCAGAAGUUUUAACUCUUACUGAACCUGUACUAGAGAAGCUUAAAUUCUUGUCUGAAGGUAGUCCUGCUGCUUCACCUGUCCAAAUUAUGGCCAUACAGUUACAAACUCUGAUAAGUGCAUGGGAGAGCAGUGACCUGCAAAGUUCCUAUUUGAAAAAGUGGCUGCAAUCAACUAGUUGCGAAUUGACGAGACUUGAGCAAACGGCUGCUCCGCCUGGCUGGGAGUGUCAGUGGGAUAGGUUGCACAAGCGCUACUAUUACCGAAACGCGACGACCGGUGAAGCCCAAUGGACUUAUCCGCAAACCGACGUUGUCGGCGGUACCGAGGAGAUGGAUUUAUGUACAACGCCACCGCCACCCGAGCAGGAGGAAACAGCCAUUAUCGAAAUGAAUGUAGCCACUUCUAAAGAUGCAAGUGAAAGCUCAACGCCGCCUUUAUCGGAGAAUCAACCAGAGCAGACACCGCCGCCGCCAGCCCUGCAAUCAACAGCGGCACCAGUAGCUGCACCGGUGGAGGACGAUCAGCCCCCGACAUCGGUACCGCCCCCGCCGAUCAUCUCGAGCCCGAGUCCGCCGCCGCCACCGAAAAUCUACGCGGAGGACUUGAAACGCAGCGAGAGUCGCAAGCGCAAGGGCAGCCCCUACGAGGAGCCGAGCGAGAUCCUCGCGAAAGUACCGACCACCGGCGGCCCGGUGGCGGCGGUCCACGAGCCGCUGCCCUCGCCCGCUUACGAGCCGCCAACGCCGGAUCUGGCUGCCGCCGCUGCUGCCCAUUACGCUCUCGAUCCGACUAGUGCUGUUCUCUACGGCACGGCUGCAGCCCAUCAUCAGCAGCCCCAUCCGAUUUACGCCGCUACUUUAGCCGGAGCCGCAGCGGCUGCAGCUGCUGGUCUGCCUCUGCUGCAGCAUCCCCACGCACAUCAUCAUGCGCAUCAUCACCCCCAUCCCCAUCCGGCACUGGUACAAGGUCAAUUGAUGCACUACAAUCCGGCUUAUCAUCAGCAUUUGCAUAAUCAAGCAUUGGUAGCAGCUCGUAUAAGCAAUCAAGAGGCAGCUGUACAAUUCAUGGUUGCUGAAUAUGCCAGGGUGUACGAGAACAACCAAGUGAUCGCCAAACCACCGGUCAAGGUAACGGCUCAAGAAGCCAGUCUUGGCUCGGCACUCAAUUCCUUCUACAGUGAUAUUGCGUCAAUUGAGAAAGCCGAGGUUGAUCUUCAUCAACCACUGCAGCAUCAACAGCAUAUGGUCGCUGAAUCAACGACACCUCCGGUAUUAGUGCAAAUGCCGAUGCCAGGUAUUACUGAAAAUCCAGUAGAUUCAGAGGCUUUGAAGGAAAAGAAGAAGAAGAAGACAAAAACUGGACUGAGCAAGAAACAAAAGGAAAUGUCUAGUAUGGUGGCUAAGUGGCAAAGAGCUCAGAAAAAUUACAAAGAUUGUGAUUAACCCAAAUUUUAAUUUAUCUUAAAAUGAACUUUAAUUAUGCAAACAUGUAUAGUAUAAGUUUUUUAAGAUUCAAUGAAAAUUAGAAAACCGCCCGUUUUAUUUGUAAAUAAUAUUGUAAGAAAGUAGUUUAAUUAAUUUAUUUUAAAUCUAAUAACACAUGAGUGAUGAUUAUUAUCAAACGCUCUCUCUGUACAGUUUAUCAUAUAAUAUUGAUUAUAUACUGUUGAAUAAAUAAUGAAAAUAAAUUUAUGUACAAAAAAAGGUCUUUGAUUACUGAAUUGCAAGCUUAAAACUUCACUUGCUUUUAUAUUGCUAUAAUGAAAUGUUUCUCAAGAUAAGACACUGCUUGUUAAAAAAAAAUCAAGGUUGCCCAUAAAAUGUGUAGACAAGUAAAUU